AUGGCAGAUCUUCCGUCGCUCUUACUGCUACCCCCACCUCCGCAUCCCCCAUCCCGGCUUGCUCUUAACGCCGCAUAUGAGCCCCCGCUUAAGGCCGCUCUCUCAAGAUUGAAAUCCGAGAAAGGCGGAAAAGAUGGAGCAGUCUUGAUCAUUGCUCUGGCAUCGCCAAUUCUUACAGGCAAAUUUGCACGAUACAAAUCGCUUUCUUGGCCUUACGCCCAGUCUAUUCUAGCUGAUCUAUACAGCAUCAUAUCCGUUAUUUGUGCGGAACUUUCUAUUCCAACCGAUCUUCAUGCCGGUCCCGGAUCCGUAGAUGCCCGGGUUGUUCUAAUCGAUCAUGAUGCAUCUAAACCAAUCCCAGCUGAUUUAAAGACAGCUAUAAAACCAAAUAAUACGACAAUAGUCGAUCUUUCAACCUUCACCGCAGCUUAUCAUCCUUGGAGAUACAUAUUUCAUACAAAUAACGAGCCAGGUUAUCAAUUGCUCUCAACGUACCUCAAACUUCUUGAGGGCAUUCAGACCUUAAAGCAGUCCCAGCUAGUUGUUGUAGAUGGUGGGCUUGCUGUAUCACUUGGACCGCAGAUUCCUUCGGAGUCAUCUUCUCAGACUAGCCCUCAUUCGGUCGUAUGCUUAGGAGGAACCUUUGAUCACUUACACCCUGGGCACAAGCUGCUCUUGACUGCUGCUGUAUUAUUACUAAAAGUGCCUGAAAAUGGCACAUCGGCCCCAUGCAAAUUCGUCAUUGGUAUCACUGGUGAUGAAUUGCUGAAGAGGAAGAAGUAUGCAGAAUAUGUGCAAUCUUGGGAUGAACGUGCUAUGAAUACGAUCGAGUUUUUGUCUUCCAUACUGGAGCUAUCUAAGAAUGGCUGGAAAGGAGGUCAGUCUCUACAAGCUUCCAAGGAAAACGAUGAACUUGUUGCUCUAUUCCGGGACGGCACUAUCGAAGUUCGCUGCGUGGUUAUCCAAGAUGCGUUUGGUCCUACCAUCACAACUGAAAAUAUGGAUGCUCUCGUAGUUUCGGGAGAGACGAGGAGCGGGGGAAGUGCCGUAAAUGAAAAACGAAAAGAACUUGGCUGGCGAGAGCUGGAAACAUUUGAAGUUGACGUCCUCGAUGCUGAGGGGAUCGUGCAUAAAUCGGCGGACACGCAAAAUUUUGCUACGAAGAUAAGCAGCACAGCUAUACGAAAGCUAAAGGCUGAGUCUCAUACUUAA